GCCGUAAGCCAUAUCCGCAAACUCUUUGCUCGGCAAAUCACGAUCCACAUCAUCGUAUAGUGCCGUAUAUGCACCAGUCGGGUGCCGGCACAGAUGGAAUUGCGUAAGAGGCGUUCCUGAGCACGAGCGGUGGCCGUGUGUGCCGAUGUUAAAGCCGGACCCGCGUAUAAGUAAAAAGCUCUUUGGGUAUCCAUUAUAUCCGUUGUCGAUGUCGACUGUCGAUCAUUUGCGGCUAGAGCUGAACCUACCCAUGCACGAGCGGGAGACUAACUUGAUUAGGCAGUGCUAGGCGGUCAAGAAAAACGUGUGCUCCGAUAUGCUCCCCUAAAUUAGCGGCACCGGCAACCGGCUGUAGGCGGGAGAUGAAAGGCUUGGCACAUGCUGCAAUGCACACCAACACGCAAAACAAGGCUACCCGUAGGUGUAUUGGCUCGGUAUGUUUAUAAAAAAGCUUACCGGCAUAGUUUCGCAAAUCGCUACUGCAGAAUUCUCAGAUCCAUCCCUCAUCUCUGACCCUGCACCCUACAUCCAUGAAACUCUACUUCCAUGAGAGGCCGAAUGUUUGGUGGCGACAUGAAUACAAGCAAAGAGGUUUGCUCGCACAGCCCGCUUUCAUCCUACCCAUGCACUAGGACCAUGUACGGCACUGCGUCACAAACCACUAAGCAGGCCAUGCCUGCCGGCGGCUCAUUGUGAAUUUCAGCCUCACUAUGCCGUUAUCCGUGGAGUGGAUAUCUCGAUGAAACCGUCAGCAUGAAGCAAAACGCAUCGGAUGUUGUUGUUAGUGGAUCUCUUAGCUGAUGUGCAUGAGCCCUGGAUAGUAAGCUAUGCACCCAGCAGUGGCUAUGCCUAAUCCAGCGAAAUGACGAGCUGGUUUUGCCAAGAUAUCAAAAUACCGGGCGAUGCUGCACGGAACAGAGUCGCGGUCAUCGACUGAAGAUGUGCUCAACUCCAUAAGGGGUGACUCGUUAAACUGUCAUGCCGUAUUGCAUAGCGAUCUUCGUAUAAAGGCAUAUAUGAUGGGAAUGCAUCAGCAACUCUUCGGAGCUGCGGAUCCCACGGCAAGCCACCGACUCUCGUCUCUUUUUUUGUUUUCCUGUCGUCGUUUUCCGUCGUCACAAUGAAGCCAGCGAUUCUGUGUCUACAUGGUCGCGGUACAUCGGCCAUGAUCUUUGAGAUCCAGGCCAUGGCCGUCGUGCAACAGCUUGAAGAUGAUUUUGAUUUCAUCUUCGUUGAUGCACCAAACGAGAGCGAGCCUGGUCCCAACGUGUUGCCAAUCUUCGAGGACGAGGGUCCGUAUUACUCGUGGGCAAACCGGCCCGGUUCAGCCGACUAUCUCCGCAACGGCACAGGCCUGGAUGCUACCGUUGCUUUGCUGGACAAAGUUGAAACCACAUACCCGAAUCUUGUAGGCGUUCUUGCCUUUUCUCAGGGCGUUACCAUUGGCCUAGGGCUUCUCCUGCGUCAACAGCGCCGCCGCCAGAUGGGCCUCCCGUCCGUGGGAUACCGCUUUGGUGCAUUUGUUGGCGGUGUCGACAUCCCAACGCUGCAGGAGGGCGACGAGGUGGACUCGGGCGCCACUACGCCGACAAACAAAUUGGAAGGAUCGGCAGCCACCGAUAUCCUGAAGAUCCCGACGCUGCUGGGAACGGGAUCCACGGACACCAUGUCGCGCUCUUCAGUCGGGUUUCAGCAAUGGGCCUCGUCGCAAAAGGCUAUUGAGAGAUUUGAUUUCCAUGGAGGCCACGAGAUGCCCCGAGACAGACGGGAUUGGUCGCAUUUGGUCGAUUUCAUUUUGCAGUUUCAGUGACGUUGCGUGUGCAGUGGGAAAGUGAACAGCUGGCAGAGCACGCACCAAAUUUCAACCAGAGUAGUGCAAGCAGUGCAGUUGCUAAAACUUACACCUACAGGGUGGCCAGCGCUGUUGGAGGCUUAGCAAAGUGCAAAAAAGUACAGUGUUUUGAGAAAGGCAAAGAAAUGUUAAUGUUAAUAUUCCAGGUUUUGUUUUGUUUAUUUCUAAAUAUCAAAAUAUUUUUCAUCGCAUUUGAUCAACGCUGUCCGAUGUAACGCGAGGAAUACAAAAUACACCAUCAACGCGUUAGGUUUCAGGUACACGCACAUGGCUUUUC